UGUGACAUCAGCCCCACGUCCAAGGGAACCCCAGGCAACGGGAAUCCUGCGGGCAGUACGACGGCGGCCGUACUGGUGGCGACAAGCCCUCGUCCUUGCAACUGCCACAUGUCGCUGGCAGCGAUGGAUUUUCUGCAUGUCCUCAUUGUCCUGCUGGCCGUGUGCUGUCCUGUGCACGGCACGUGGGACAGCUGUGGGUAAGUGGCCCCAGGCUCUGGGAGGGAGCUUGGGCAACCCUUGUGGGCUUCACUGGAGGGGGCCUGCUUGUCCCCCAUGGCCACCCCACAGGUUCUUGAAGGCCGUCUGGGAGGCUCAGCUCCUUGCCAGCUCCCGGGCUGCCGGCACAACUGGUCCACGGGCUGAAGCAGAAAGCGGGGCGAGGGGAGCGGGCGCACGCCCCACGGGUUUCCUCGGCCCUUCUGGCCAUGCCGUGUGGGGAGGGAAGACAGCUGGCCUUCAGCCGCAACGGCGCAAGCCAUCCAGCAGCACAGUAAGGAGUUUCUGGUUACAGAGGGAGCUGCGGCCUUCGGCCCAUGGCUUUGCACUACGGCAUGUCGCGCGUCGUGGGUGGCACAGAUGCCCAGCCAGGGGCCUGGCCCUGGAUCGUCAGCAUCCAGGCUCUCUUGGAAGGAGGCACGGCGCACAUCUGCGGGGGCUCCCUCAUCAGCCCACAGUGGGUCCUCACAGCAGCCCACUGCUUCAUCGAGGUCAGGUACAUCACCGCCUUGCGCGUGGUGCUCGGUGUCACCCAGCUGACUCAGCUGGGCCCUGAGGCUCAGGUGCGCAACGUCAGGCAGCUGCUGGUUCACCAGCACUACAGGAAUGUCACGCAGAGGAACGACAUUGCCUUGCUGGAACUGGACCAGCCUGUCCAGUGCAACAGCUACGUACAGCUUGCCUGUGUGCCUGACGCCUCGCUGAGAGUUUCAGAGCUGACAGCCUGCUACGUCAGUGGCUGGGGUGCCAGGAAUGCAAGAGGUGAGUUGCCAAAACCUACAUCGGCAUACGCGCUGCAGGAGGCCCAGGUCCACCUCAUCGAUGCCAGGGUCUGUAACAGCAGCGGGUGGUACAGAGGGGCCAUCCACACCCACAACAUCUGUGCUGGCUACCCGCAGGGCGGCAUUGACACCUGCCAGGGGGACAGCGGUGGGCCUCUCGUGUGCCAAGACAAGCGCGCGGACUACUUCUGGCUUGUUGGUGUGACCAGCUGGGGGACGGGCUGUGCGAGAGCAAGGAAGCCCGGCGUCUACACCUCCACCCAGCACUUCUACGACUGGAUCCUGGCGCAGAUGGGCCUGCGCCUAGCAGUAACGACUACUGCAAGGCCACAGCCGGUCUUCACCUACACCCCCGUCCAGAGGCCAAGGCCAAGGCCAAGGCCAACAGAAGCGGGCAGGUUUACACCCUGCCCGUUUCCAGUCCAGAAGCUGCUGGACUUCUUUACUCGGCUGCAGGAGCUCCUGCAGUACCUAAGGGGGAAACAGCUUGGAGCAGCACGAUGAAGAGGGUCCAGGGCAGGCUGCAGCGCACCACCACCGCUUCCCGCUGGGGCAAUGCCUGCUGAAGCAAAGGCAACCUCCGUGUCAAAGGCCUGCUCUGUCCUGCCCGCGCUCCUCGCAAGGGCAGAAUGAAGCUGGCUGACUUCUCGCAAUAAAGUGUUUCUGUCUGCACGGCUAACCACGCGCCAGUCCACUUCAGUCUCCUGUGCAAGGCAAGGACGUCCGCGCCCGGCACCUGCCGAAGGAGGCGGGCUGCCACGUCGGGCACAAAGGGUCACUGCAAAGGGCUGAAGCUCUGCCCGCUCUGAGAGAAGCAUGAGGACAGAGUGGAAGAAGGGAAGGCAGGUCAUUGCAGGGCUCGGGGCCUUGGGGGUGGCACCUGGAAGCAGAGAAUGCCUUAGGCCGGCUCCUGGUGGGAACCCCGGGUGCUUCUGGACGAGGCGCAAGCAAACUUGAAAGUGGACUCUCACGGCCAGCUGGGGGUCAGGGCAGAUCCACGAGCUUGGGCCUUUGCUUAUGCCGCGGAGUUCCUGGGCUUCCCCAGGCUGCUCUGCUUUCACAGCUGCGCCAUGUUGCCAAGCCCAAGCCUACAGCUGCCGUGGCUGGAGGGAGCGCCAGUAGCUUUGAGCGGGGAGCAAAGCAGCUGCUGCUGCUUGGCUGUCCCCCGCUCCCUGGUCACCUACUGGCUGUAGUAUCGGGGCUCCCGUAUGACUGCCUGCAGGCUCUGCCUGGUCCUGUGCCAGGCUCUUCUUCAGGUUUGUGGCUGCACGGGUGACCUUGGCCCUGCUGCUUCCCACAGCAUGCCCUCUGGCCGCUCCAUCCCCUUGGGUUUCUCCACACAGGACCCCUGUUGCGGAGCCAGCAGACCCCCUUCUGCC